CACCACUCUCUGACAUCUGGCCAGCCUGUUCCCAACCCACCUUCUUUCUCCGUCCACGAACAAACUGUGCCCUCGAAACGAACAAAGACAGAACCACGGCAACCCUCUUCCUUUGACAGUUUCUCUUCCUCCCAUCGUCUCCCCUCUCCCAGACUCCGAGAACCCCAGCAUUGGUCACAUGAUAGUCAUGUGGUCCCCACAUAUGACCCCCAUAAGUCACGUGACAGUCAGGUGAGAUCACAUGAUCCAUCAAGCCACACCCCUUCCCAGCAGUUCAGUCAGUCUUACGAUGGAGGCAGGGGUUGUCAACAGUACUCAGUGGACCAUGGAAGAUGGAGUGAUGUGGGGACAGGUACCACCAGAUUUUCUCCUCACGUGUCACGGGCAAUGUCUGAAAGAGGAGCCGCAAGACCUCUAACUUCAGCUCCAAUUUCGCAACAACGAAGGGGGUCGUUGGGGGGAUUUUCCGACGAAUUCAGCCCCCUUUCCCGGAAUCUUCCCAGUUCCCCUGCCCAUAAAACGAGCAGUGAUAUGACGCAGUCACAAUCCAGUGUGAGGUAUUCUGAGAGUCUUCACUCACCGCAUGUUCACCGAAUGGGGCGGAAGAGAUCAUCUGGUGGCACCAGUGACAGCGACGGGAAAUCGGAGCAAAGACUGGCGACACUGAGUACCAGCGGCUCCUGCCAGACGACAGCCAAGAGGAACACCUCACCCAUCGAAUUGAAACUGAAACCUCCAGUGAACCGAGACCAGAUAAACGGGCUGGUGUGGUGCCAGUGGAUGAUGAAUACUGCAGACUCAGAGAAGGCAGUGCACACGACGUUAGACAAGUUCUCCGUCGACCGCAGCUGAAGAUCAGGUCAUACGAGGCAUCGCGGAGGACACUACGAAGACCGUCGGAACAGGUAGAGUUUCGGAGAGCUUCCAGUCUUCAGCAGAGUUCAGGGUCCAGCACGGUCUCAAAUCUACCUCCCAGACAGUGCCACUCUGAUUCCGAGACCAGAGUGGGUGCUGUCAGUCUCCAUUCCAGUCCACGUCUUCCCCGGGCCCUGCCGUCCGAUUACCGCUCUCCUCAGAUUUUCCGAAACACUCCUCCAUGGAACUCAAUCGGUACUAACACCACUGGAAGGGAGCAUCCUCACACCACCCUAGCUAUGUCACUCGGGGAAGAAAGAAGAGAGAGGGAAGAAGAGAGUUCUCACCACAGAAUGGAGGAAACAGAGGGAGACAAGGAGGGGGAGGCCAGUGAGCCAAUGCAAGUGUCGCCAGUAACAACCCACACUUUCGAAAUGUCUGACAAACUGAGCGACGUUUCAACCAGUGCCCAGGUAGGAAUGGCAAUAGCUGCUGGAGAUACUACCUCUGUACCAGUGAGUGUCGUAAGUGACCCAGGCCUGGUUGAGAAUGUUUCUCUGGGCACAGUGGAGCACUCUGUUUCUGGGCAGCGCGAGAGGUUUGAGGAGGCAAGGAACCAGUAUCAGGUGAAAAUGGAGUGUGAGACUCAGACAAGAGACACCUUUGGCCAGGAGAACCGCUCUGACAACCAACUAGCUCAGCAGCAGUACAGCACUGCAGCUCUCAGAUCUGACUUUGAAGCUGGUACACAAUCUGCGGUUGCACCAUCUACUCCUCAGUGGACAGGAGAACAACAGAUUGCAUCAUCAGGUAUCGACCAGUCCCAAUGUAACAUUCCUCGAAAUCCUACGACUGUGUACAGUGGUCCCCACAUCAUGUCUCCCAUUGCGGAAGUAAGUCAAGAGUUCAGCACGCAGCAAACGGCCACUCAAACCUUCUCGGCCUCUCAGACGCAACACACUCAGUUCACUCAGAGUAUGCAUUCCCUGUCUCCCCUUCCCGAGUCAGAAUUGAGGAGAGGUGGCUCUCCGUUUCGUCACGAUGCUCUGGGCAAUGCUGUCUCCACAGUUCUCUCUCCACCGAGUGCUGUGAGCGACAAUACUAAUCCCAGCAUCACCUCCCAGGUUGCUAGGGUUGUCAACAGAGCCAAUAUGCCACAGUUGGAACCCCCAAGCACCAGUAGCGACACCUCACACAGCCUGACGCGGUCGUCUGAGGUCGAUUCAAACCAGCAGAACCUUCCACCUGGCACUGGAUCUGCUGAUUUCACUUUGUUUCCUGGGCAGAAUAUGGUGGCAUCAACUACACAAUCUAGUGCUGCGAUGUCAGCUCAAUUUCUUUCUCAAAAUCUUCCCCAAACUUCGGAGAACUUGCCCGAGAGACAAUCGCAGUCUCAGGUCCCUCCCACACAAGAGCCAAGCAGUGCAUCGUUCACUCCUGCCACAGCUGCAGCCCAGAGCCAAGGAACCCAGGAUAUCCCCGAGUACCAUCACCAAACAACACCACCCUCACGAGAGGAAUCUCAGUGUAGGUCUCUACACAACCCUGGAGUCUACCAGAGUGCUGUGUCAGAUGGCAGUAGGGAAAGGUAUGGAGGAUGGCAGUCAUGGAGUACAGCCAGUGCCCCUCCGUCUGGUUUUGGAAACUUUCACAGGAGAAAUCGGCGAUCGGCUUCCCCAGCUAACACUCAUGCUCCCAGUGUUCUCAGCGAUAGCGUGGCUGUACAUUUCCGCGCGGCUCAAAAGCAGGCUUCAAGCGAGUUGGGAGAUUCGGGGAGCCACCGUGGAUCAGGACGUCGAAGACACCACCAUCGCGGGAGUCUUGGGUCUUCCAGCAACGGCUCCAGACACCAUCACCACGCAGCGCAGAGACUCUCCCAAGAUCUUGAAAUGAUGACUCGUGCCAUUGAAGGGAUGGACUCUGGGAAUCUGAUUGAGGGAGACAGAUCCAUUGCAAGGGAAGAGGGACGCCGUUUGCACUCUCCCUCUCCACCGCAGUCGGUCCCGCAGACCAAUCGGGCAGUCAGUGGAGGUGCUCCAACUAGACUGAGCUCUAGUUCCGGGUUAGGUUACCGAGUAGUUAUCAACGCUCUCUCGCCACCUGGACAGCCCUCACUGGCUACUGGUAGAGCAGGACUGUCUCACACGCACCCAGACUUUCUCUUCCGCCACUCUCCAAACCCUCCAAACUCCCUCACCAGCCUCUCUCAGAUUCCGCCCAACAACGAUAGUCCCGACAUGUCGAGGUCCGAUUGCGUCACGCAGAACCUGGCGCAGUCUGUGACACCGCUUACCCAGGGAGGAGAAAUCGUACCUCUUUCUCCAGUUCAGUUCCCAGUGUCAAUACAUAUGGAGGAACAGCAUAGAGAGGUGGUUAUCCCUCCACCUGCACCAGGGGCGGGCUCCUCGGAAUACCUUCCUCCCUACUCCCCUCCGAGGCAGGGAGAAACUCAGGCAAGUCAGAGAGAAACUCAGGCAAGUCAGAGAGUAACUCAGGCAAGUCAGAGAAACACCACAACUGUUGUCAGAGAAGACCAGCCACUCUAUCGGGAUCCUCCCCCCAGCUACGAGGAGAUAUUCGGACAACAUGGUGGGCGGAGGCAGCGACAGAGGCAGCGGCGUCCCUCGAGGCAGUCGAGACGAAGAGAAGACGAAGGGGCGGCACAAGCAGUGGGGGGUGAGUCACAGAGCCAGCAGGAUCCGCCAACCACUCACAGACACUCGCGUUCCUCAGGGCAUCGCAAGCUUCCAUCUCUCACAAGCCUCUUCAAAAGAAGUCGAAAACACACCAGCCACGAUCCGCAAGCAACUCACUCCACAUCUCGCACUAGCAGAGCCCAGUCCUCAGACCGCUCCCCUCAAUUAGCUCCGCCUUCUCGCCAACAAGAGGAGGUCCCUCGAGAGAGAUCACAACUCCCGAUAGAAGAUUCUCCUGAACCUUCCACUCUCGAGAGAACAGCCAGUUGGGUUGCCUCAUACAGCCAGACCCCGAGACCAAUAACGGCAUACCAGCAACUGGAGAGAGGAUUUCGAGAGUUUUCGGGUAGAGAUGAGGUUUCCUCGUCUGUUAGCGCUGGAGGGAAUGCUCCCCAUUCUUCAGCUCACUCCCAUGUCUCUCGAGCUGUCAGUGACACAGCUGCUGCCAUGGCGCUGCGGCAAAAUUCCCUCUCAUCUGUGUCACACUCCCAGCCUACGCACCACAUCCACCAGCUUGGCCUGCCCGGCCUCCCGUCUUACCGCCACCCACCUCCCUUCUCUCUAACUUCAUCUCGUGAUCCUUCCCUGACACCACACCAGAGGCUCGCCAACUAUACUCUCGGCCUACAAAACUCUAACACUCAACCUUCCAGAGAUUCCCUAGGUCACAGCUCUACUCAGCAAGACGCCCAUUCAAGACAGCCAGGGUAUGCUCUAAGCCCUCAAGACACCACAACAAGGCUACCAGCAAGUACCCAGGACUCACAACCUGUGCGCAUGGCUGGUCAUUCUAAUAGUCAAGACUCCAGCCCACAGCAACCAAAACUGGGUCCUGUAGUACAUACUGGUUCUGCCACUCAACAGACCCGCCAUGCUCCCAGCCCUGUUCCCUCCCACUCUCGCUCUCUUGCUGCUCGCCCCCACGGUCAAACCCUAAACCUCUCUCUACCGACCAUAAGCCUCAAUUCAACGAGUCAUGGAGGUCGUGGUGAUGCCAGUUCUCCUAGUAGUCCCCAGCAAGUCCCAGUGUUUCACAGGGUCCUCGCACACCCACCGAGAACAAGACCCAUUUCACCUCUUGUCACAUCUGCCGAGUACGUUCGAGGAGUUUCAAGUGUGACAUCAGUUACGUCCCCAGCUAGUACUGAUCCUAGUGAAGCAAGGGCUGUUCUUGCAUCGGCUGUCGAGCGCCUCAGAACCCAGCAAAGUACAGAGUCCCUGCGGGCCGCCCCAUCUUCUCACAGCCAGCAGGAGGUUAGCAACGCCACUCCCAGACAGCUCUUUCUCCCCUGGCAACUCGACGCACGGGCCAACAAUGAUGGAGGCCCUCUUGGAGCGAAUGGCAAUGCCAACAACGAUAAGCCACCACCAAAUUCGUCUCAGAAUUCGCCCAAUGCCACCCCAAAGAACAGCCCAGUGUUGGAGAGGCGCGUCACGACAACAGGACCGGGAGAGACUGAAUCGAGUCAGCCCCUGCAAUCUCAGAACAAGACGACGGAGAACGGAGCCUCACAGGACGGAAACAAAACGGAUUUAGCCAGCAAUGCCAGCAAAGGCGGUGGAGAAGGGAAGCAGUCGCGAAAAUCUACGCAGCGAUCGAGGGCUGCCUCGCGCCGCCUUGCACAGCAGCUGAGCAGCUCAGAUGAAGAGCUGGCCGAACGAUCUUCUUCUUCUUCCUCUCACUGUCGACCGAGACAUCGACGUAAACGAGGCAACAGCAGCUCGCGAUCCAGCAGUCGACAGGAGAACAAAAACAACUCCCUAACUGGACCUGAUAACACUCAGGCCCCCGAAUUCUUUCCCUCAUUUCAGUCCCAGCCAACUGAACUGCCCCAAGACGGUUUAUUUUCCACCGUCUCCAGCGAUCUAACAGCUCAGAGUACCAUCACCUCAGUGGUGUCACGUGACAGUCACAUGACCGCUCACCAGAGAUCACAUGACCAGCACCAACAAGAACCGCAAGAAAUUGUAUUGACUCAAGUACAGGAGGAUGCUUCGCCAGAACCCCAACCAUCUGGGGGAUCACAUGACAAUACAAUAGAAGUGUCACAUGAGAACCCGAUUACAUCACCAGCAGCCAGGAGCAAUGAACGAGUAUCAACUCCAGAACCACUACAGGACACCGCUGUGCCGCCAAGACAAGAGGAGGUGCGAUCACAUGAUCCAACCAGUGAUGUCACAGCUGUUGAUGUUGUUCAAAUCAACAAUGGUGGUGCAGCUGGGACCAGGGACCCAGUCACCCCAGUCCCGGAAGUCCCAGAGUCCACUCGUCACCUCACCAGUUCCCCUCAUCACUCCACCACCUCCACCAUCUCUAAACCAUGCGGCCACCUCUGUGCAGCCAAUGGAGACAGGGACACCUGCUGUCAGUGUGUUGACUCCUCCCACCUCGUCACCCAGUGCUGUGACAUCUGUGAGAGUCGUAGGUCUCUGGGUCAGGUGUGUAGCUGUGCUCCCAACAAACCAAACAAGUUCUGUCCCGUACACAGAGGUCGGGCGGGGAGGUCCCUCCCCACUCCAAUUGACGCACGCCAUCAGCCCUCCCACCAACAACACAGUCGCAAACACAUCAAGAACUGUAUAGUCAUGUAGAGAAAUUUUUCUAUUCUGUGUGUUGGUAGAUUUUGUAUGUAUAUUAUACCGUUUUUAUGUUCCGUCGCCUGUUAAUAGCAGCGCAUGCGUAACAGGAGUUCCACCCACAUUAUUAUUCAUAAUGCACACGCGCGCGAAGAUUGUUGGGGGUGGGGCUCGUAGUUGCUCUGCCCACGCUAGCAACGCAGAGUUGAAGCGAAUCUUGACUCCAGCAGCAAUGGAAGGAGAGCCCCAGGAGACUAGCGUGGAGGAGCAGCUACUGGUUGCCUGUCAGAAUGGUGACGCCGACACGCUCCAGCGGUUGAUGACGUCAGUGCUCGGGCUGGAUCUCUCUCUGACGACGGAGGACGGAGCCACUCUCAUUACUAACACUGUCAUUGGAGCAGGAGUGAACCCCACUGGACUCUACCAAGAGUGUCUGCAGCUACUUCUGGAGACCAGAGUGGUCGAUCUGGACAUUGUGGACACAGUAUACGGCAGAACUGCUGCUCACUGGGCCGUCUACUAUAAGAGACAUGAUCUCCUCCUCCAGCUAAUGUCUGCCGAUGCCAACAUGACAACCCCAGACUUUACUGGAAUGUCUCCGUUCCACCUGGCCAUCUCAGAGAGGGCACACCUCUGUCUGGAACAGGCCAUCAGAAAUCAGCCACGGGAGAUAUUAGAGCAUCCAGAUACUAAUGGAAACUCACCAUUGGAGCAAGCCAUACAGAUGGGGAACAUUGAUGCGUGCAAGAUAUUGGUUGAGGCUGGGGCUUCAGUCAAUGCAACUGACCAAAUAACAGGCCAGUCUCCACUGCACAUUGCAGCCAGGAAUGCCAGUGUUGCAAAUAAUUGAGCUUCUGCUGCUGCACGAUGCGGUCCUCGACCUGAACGAUGUGGAGGGGAUGACCCCUAUUCAUUUAGCUAGUGUGGCAGGCUCGAGAGAGUCCCUGGGCAGUCAUGGUAAAACGGGCAGGAGACGCGGUGCUAUCUCUGCCCAACUCCAUCAGUGGGAUGACUCCUCUCAUGUACGCCUGUCUCUAUGGCCACGACUCCUUGACCAAGUACUUUGUGAAAAAGAAGGUGAACGGGGGUGAUCGAGACGUGGAAGGGAAGACAGCUCUGCACUGGGCAGCUCAGUGUACUCAGGAUGGAGGCAGUAGCUGUGUUCAGAUGUUACUCAAGAAGCACAAAGACCUCAUUGAAGCAAAGGACACUUAUGGGCUAACUCCCCUACACUGUGCUGCCAUGGCAGGUCAAAUAGACUCUAUGAAUAGCCUUCUCUCUGCUGGAGCUGAUAUCAGUGCUGUGGACAGUGACAACCACACAGUGGGUCACUGGGCAACUUUGAGUGGUCAGCCAGAGGCAGUGGAGGCAGUGCUGGCUGGAGGAGGAUCUAUCACCACCCCGGACUCACAGGGUGGCUACCCUCUCCACUACGCUGCUCAGGGAUCAAACGCCCCACUACCUGAUGAUGAAGGCUACACAGAUGAGGCCCACCUCCACAGUCUCAACAUGCAGGAGUGUCUCAGACUCAUUCUGGAGCGAGGUGGUGACGUGGACUGCCGCGAUUCUCAGGGAAUGACUCCGCUCCAAUGGGCCCUCCAGUUCCCCAACAACCUGAGUGCUUGCUCCAUACUACUGAGCAGUGGAGCAGACCCAAAGGCAAAAGACAACGAUGGACUGACAGGACUGCAUGUGGCUGCUCAGAGUGGACUGACUCACAACUGUCGCUACAUCAUUGAGCACACUGGUGGAUCCAUCGCCAAGGAACUGGACAGUCAGGGUCAGAGUGCACUGUUUUCAGCGGUGGAGAGUGGUCAGUUGGAGUGUGUGGAGUAUCUACUCCAAAUCAACCUCUCCCCCACAGCAAUUAACAAUGAAGGUCGAAGUCCAGCCCAUGUGGCAUCGACCAUGGGGUUCACAGAGUGCAUCAAGCUGCUGCAGGCCUACAGAGCUGAUAUACACACUCGCAGUAUCCACGGAGCCACCUCCAUGCAUGAGGCUGCUGCCAAUGGACACACUGAGAGUCUGGAGUUUCUGCUGGCGUGUGGUAUAUCUCCGGAUGACCCAGCAGGCGACUCAGGGGCCACUGCCCUGCACUACGCUGCCACUGGUACCCACGGACACUGCGUUCACACUCUCCUCAAGUACGGAGCCAACAUCAAUGCAGUGUCAACUUCUGAGGGAGAGAAGCUGACUCCACUGGACUACUGUACUGACUACCCUGACCUGGCCAACUACCUGCGGAGCCAUGGAGCUCUGACUGGAGUCGAAAUAUUCCCUCCUGAGGAAGAAGCUGCUUCGACAGAGGAGGAAAAGGAGGGCGGGAGAAGCAGACAAACAACCUAUGGAGUCUGGUGAUGUCAUCUGGUGACCAAUCAGAACAAGGAGAGGGGACUAGCGGCAUUAUUGCAGAAAAGGAGGAGAGAGAGAGGGAAGGAGAGGGGGAGGGGGUGAGGGUAAGAAGGGGCAGUCGUCCAGCCACAGCUGACAGAAAGUCUCUGAAGUGGGAGGAGGUUGGAGGAGACAGAGAGGGAGAGGAGAGAGAGGAGAGAGAAGGGGUAAAGAUGAGGAGACUGAGUCUCACAACAGCAGAAGGAUCUGGAUCUGGGAUGUCGGGAACACCUCGGCUCCUGGAGAGAGCUCUUAGUGUUCUGAGGAGAAACAGAUCUCCCCCUCCGCCCACCUCCAUACUCAGCAGUGCCGUCGGAUUCUAUGCCGCUCACGCUACCAUACUAGCCGCUACUAUCAUUGGUACAUCUGUGGGGUCAAAGGUGACUAAAGUGGCCGAAAAGGGUUGCCACGGAUACAGCGGAGGAUCUGAGGAAGGCAGCCGGUUCAUUUGAAGGUGUAAUACCAGAUCUGGUGUGGCUGCGGGAGUCUGAGCCUCCUCCAAGACCACCAGCUCUGGUGAUAAAGGUGAGGAGCCAUCUCCGGCUCCCUCCCUGUCCCCUCCCUGUCCCCUCACUGAAGAUUGAGUAUGGACCUCAUCGAGAGACGCAUGAGGAUGGCCAAAGCUCAAAUGGGCAUGAGUAAGAGUACAGGGUACAGAGCAGUAGAGGAGCUGCUAAAGGCUCAGAGCACACAGGCAGCUCUGAGGAGACAGUUUGAGGAGGCCAGGCUCUCUGAGAUGACACUGGUCCAGAGAGAGGCAUUUGCAGCUGAGGAGGUGAAGAAAAAGGAAGCAGCAGAUGCUAUUGUGAGGAAACUGAACGGGAGAAUCAGACGGGCUGACAAUGAAUCAGAGGUAAUGAUGACCUCAGUCAAAGUGUAAUAUUAUUUCCCCUCUUGCCAAGAAGUUGUACCAUCAUCAUACAUACAAGUGCAUGAGGCUCUGGACCAGAUGUUGGCAGCAGCUAGAGCAGAGAACGAGAGGAUGAGGGAGACGAUGGGAGAGAUGGGAGUGAGUCCGCGACCCACCGUGGCCCAGUGGCUCAGGGGGAAACAGGAGCAGAGGAAGAGAGCCAUGCAGGAUGCCCUCAUCAACUGGGACAGGAGCAAGCCGCAGAGGGAGACGGCUAUUCUGAUCCAGCAGAUGCUGACCUCCCAGAGAGCCAUGAAACACGCUGCCUGGGGUGCCAGCAAAGACAUCUCUGGCAGAAUCAGAGCCUUGAAACAAGAAGAGCUAUUAGGAGUUGGUAGUGUUGGUUACCGUGACGGCACCACGAGAAAACUGUUUCCUCUUCGUCCACCGACAAAGAGAGACGGUCAAUCAGUACAGGGACCUCCCCCUCGGAGGAAUCGCCCGCCGUCCAUCCCAGUACGAGAGAAGAAACCAUUCACCACCAAAAGUGUGGGGUCCUCAGAGAGCUCGGUGAGGGCCACUCCUCACGGGUUCCUCAAGAUCAGGGACACCAGUGGCUCUGACACCAGAUCCCCACCUCAUAAUCAUCGUCGUCAUCAGCAGCAGCAGAGUACAGCAGGGGACAUGUGGAGCGUGGGACAUGGCUAUGACCGAGGAGCUCCACCGCGGCCUAUGUCAGAGCCACUGGCCCCAAGACACUCCACGCUCCUCGCACCCUUCACUUCCUCCCCCCACACCAGUACAGAGCCCUCAAGGAGCAAGAGAAAGCUCAGAGAGUUUCACUGGGAAGAGAACUAGCAAUGGGUGGGGGCGAGGCAGGGAAGGAGGGAGGGAGGGGGUCUUUCCUAGCGAUGAGAAGUCUAGAGUUUGGAGGUAGCAGGGAGGUGAAAGGUGGGGAGAGGCGGGCUUCAUUUGGAAACACUACGACUCGAUACCACUCACUGGCCGAUGGUUUGAGUGGACAGAGCCAGUUGCCAAGGAAACGGGCAUUGUCAGUAGAGAUUCCGGUGCUCCAAAUGAACAUUCUUCAAUCUGCCCCUUUGACACCAUCUCCUGUUAACUGUUGACAUUAACGUGAUGAUUUGGUUUGCUUAGAGACGUAUAUAUCUGUGUAAUCUCAUUUCUAGUAAACCAGAGAAUUUGGAAGACAGCUAUAUUAUAUAAUU